UGCUCCUGUCCUGUAGGUGGCUGCAGUUCGCACUAAACGACUCUGCAGAAGAAGAAGGAAGAAACUGUCAUGGUGGCCUCGUGAACACAUCAAGGAAUGUUUGCCCUUUCUUUGAGUCGCCUGUUAUUACAGGCUCUUCCCAAGCAACCGGUCACACCUAGGGCUACAGCACAAUGCAUCAGAAGUCUGACAACAUCUCAGCAAGAACCUCUUAAGAAAGGUGAUCUGCCUAUCAAAAUGGAAAACCCCUACAAGACCCCUCUGAAAACUUGCGUCCUGUGCAAUAUAACUGUAGACUUCAGAAACGUUCAGCUUUUGUCUCAGUUCAUUUCACCACACACAGGUAGAAUAUAUGGCAGACACAUAACAGGCUUGUGUGGUCGAAAGCAGAAAGAAGUAUCAAAGGCAAUAAAGCAAGCUCGUUCAAUUGGUUUUAUGUCGGUCACUCUGAAGGAUCCACAGUUUAUUAAAGACCCCGAUAUUUGUGGUAUCAAACAUUUUGAAUAGGUUCUGUAUGAAGACUGACAUUGCAGGCCAGCCUUUUGUUUCUGUAAAUCUGUGGUUUGUAAAAUAUAUAAAAUGAUGAAAAGUGGAUAAAGUGGAACAUAAUUAUAACCAGAUGAACCAGAAAUCCAUGGAAUAUUCUACUACUAUAAUGAAAAAAUAAUUAAAAUUCAAUUAAAUAAAAA